AGCUCCGAGGAGGAAAAGAGCAGCAGAAAGAGAAGAACCGCCGGACGGAGGUUUGGCAGGAGAAAAAGGGGAAACCCCGGCUGCUUCACCAGGAUAUUAAUACAUAUUUCAGGGCAAGAUAACAGCAGUCUUCACCGGCGCUUCCGUGACGGCUGAUGACUGACUGAGGAGCAUGAUACUCUUGUGAAUUUUCCCACUCACGAUCCCCAGCCCCCUUCAUCCUUACCGUCCUCGUUCACACCACUGCCUUCACCAUGAACCACACCCCCAGCCCCCACCUGUCUGAGGGCGGUAAGUCGGCCAGAGGCAGCCUGCUGUGCAGCCUGGGUCUGGGGUCCGACAGGGGGCUCUGCUCCCCAGACAGCCUCACCCAUACCCCCAGCCCCACCGGAGGAACCCCCAGUUCCAGCCCCCCACUGCUGCUGUCGCCCGGGCUGGGAGGCCUCGGGCUGGGAUCCCUGGGGGCCAUGGGGGAUGGAGCCGGGGCCGACUGGGAGAGCAGGGAGGAGCUGAGGCUCAGGGAGCUGGAGGAGGCUCGGGCCAGAGCAGCCCAGAUGGAGAAGACCAUGAGGUGGUGGUCAGACUGUACUGCCAACUGGAGAGAGAAGUGGAGCAAGGUUCGUGCGGAGCGUAACCGUGCACGUGACGAGGUUCGUCAGCUGAGGCAGCGGCUGGAUACCCUCACCAAGGAACUGACCAGUGUUCGGCGGGAGCGGCAGGAACUGGCCUCUGAGAAUGAGACACUACGGCAGGAGACGCAGCGCCUUCGUAACGACCACAGCGCUCCUCCUCCGUCUGCCACUCCUCCAUCCUCCUCCCCUGCACACCUUCGUGGUGCUUCCUCCUCCUCCACUCCAUCUAUCCCUCCCUCCUCCCCUGCCUCAUCAUCCUCCUCCCCUCAGGUCCACACUGACUGCAAGCUGGACAGGGUGGGGGAAGGACCACCUGGGUCUCCAGAGCCAGAACCAGUGAGGGACGUGGACUUGGAACAACAAAACUUGGGUCAACAAAAGGACUUGGAGGUCCUGGAGUCGGUUCUGCGCACCAGGGCCUCUGAAGGCAACACUCAAGAGGCCUGGGAAAACUGCAGUGGUAAUGGCGGUGUUAACCUGGCCAGCUCACGCUCGUCCUCUGGUCUGAGCCGGCAGGAACGCAGCAGGCAGCUGUGGGACGACAUUAGCACGGUGGAGGAAGACUCCAGUAAACUCAACGCCCUGCAGCUUCGCCUGGAUGAGUCCCAGAAAGUCCUGCUAAAAGAGAGAGAAGACAAGCUUGCACUGAGUAAGAGCAUUGAGAGGCUGGAAGCUGAACUCAGUCAGUGGAAACUUAAAUAUGAGGAGCUCAGCAAGAACAAACAGGAGGUCCUCAAACAGCUGAACCUGCUGAAAGAAAUGCACCAGGAUGAACUCGGCCGCAUAUCUGAAGACUUGGAGGACGAACUGGGAGCCCGAACCAGUAUGGACAAGAAACUAGCUGAACUACGAGCUGAGAUGGAGAGGCUGCAGGUGGAGAAUGCUGCAGAGUGGGGGCGCAGGGAGCGUUUGGAGACAGAGAAACUUGCCCUGGAGAGGGACAACAAGAAGCUGAGGGCUCAGGCAGAAGACCUGGAGGAGCAGCUGGCCAAGAAACGCCGGCAGGCCGCCUCCGCACUUGACAUCGACCUCAAGGCCAUCCAGAGCGAGCUGUUUGAAAGAAACAAGGAGCUGGCUGACCUUCGACAUAUUCAUGCUAAGCUGAAGAAGCAGUUCCAGGAGAAGACAGCAGAGCUCGCCCACGCCAACAGGAGAGUGGAGAGCCACGAGGCCGAAGUCAAAAAGCUACGUUUGAGGGUGGAGGAGCUGAAGAAGGAGUUAGGACAGGCUGAGGAUGAGUUGGAUGAGUCCCAUAACCAGACCAGGAAGCUGCAGAGGUCUCUGGAUGAGCAGGUGGAGCAGACUGAGAAUCUGCAGGUACAAUUGGAACACUUACAGUCAAGACUGCGGCGGCAGCAGCAGAGUCCCGGUCUGUUUGGGAAGAUGCGAUCGGCUCGGUUCAGUCCUGAAAACAAAGAUGGUCCAACCAGUGACAUGGACGAGGAAGACGAGGAACUGCAGCUCCAGAUCCCAUGACACACACACACACACACGCAUACAGUGUUACAGGAAAUACUUUAAAAAAAUCAGCAACAGACACAUAAAGAAGGUGAAUAGUCAAUAUGAAUGUUGUUGCUCUUGGGGGAAAUCUUUGCAUCUCCAGUAAUAGUAAAUGUUUUGCAACAGCAACAAGAUCAAACCCAUCAGGAGAGUGACAGACAUUAACAGGAUGUCUGGACAGUGUAAUGCUGAAUGAAAGGAUCUUUCUUCAACUUCCAUUAAAUCACAUUAGCAGAGGCAUGUAUCAUCCUUUCAAUGUACUCACUCAUUCUUACCUCAUAUCACCACAAGCAUUACAUAUGUCCCAUCUGAAAUGUGCUACUGUAUUCAACAAUGCCUCAACCGCCAGUAUUAAUACUUCGAGCCUUUUGUCCCCCUCUGAGCUUUUUUGAUAUAUCACAAGGGAAUAUAAGUCAUUUUAGUAAUUGACAUGUUAGUUAAAUGGUCUGCCACAUUUUAACUAGUAUUUGUAAAGGCCAAAUAGUGAAGAUUCAAAGUCUAGUACUGAUGUAUUUAAACUUCAAAACUUAUGCUGGCAGCACACUGCACAACUUUUAGCCUCAGUAUAGCUGCAAGUUGGUUAGAAUACAACCACGGUAUGUGUGAAGCAAGAGAUUACCUGGUUUUCCAUUUGUCACUCUCCAACCAGUCUCCGCUCAAACUGAGAGAAAACGUGAAAAUGGAUCGUAAGCACCAGGGCUGUGUUCACGACCAAAUUCCCAAACCCAACCUGAGACGAUGGCUUUAUUUUAAUUUCUUCUUCAAAGACAAGGUUAAAUCCUUGCUUUGGAAAGGCUUUUAACCCACAUAAAAUAAGUCAUUUGACUGCAAUAAUAGACUAACACAGAGUAUGGCAACCCACCAGCACCAAACAUAUAUAGCUUCUACUAGCCAAUAAGCCAUAGGUUUAGUGGCAGUACACACCAAGAAGUAUGUUCCCAAGAAUGAUCUAAUGUCAAAAUCCUGUCUGAAGAUGACAAGAGAAUGUUGUCUGCAGUGCCAGACAAGUUAGUACUAUUACAAGUAGUAUUGUAACUCAUUUGAUGUGACUACCCCUACAGCAGAGCCCUACUGAUAAAUCAGCGUGCGGGAUAUAUCGGCUGAUAUGAGCCAAUUGCCAAUAUAUCGGUAUCCGUGUUUAUAACAGCAGAUAAAGGACAAUUUAAAAACAGAAGACAGGUCCUUCAAUCUUGUUAUGAGUGUUGUCGUUGCACAGUUUGUCCACCAGAGGACUCCCCUGCAACUCCCCUGUUGGCAACACGUUUGAAACACCAUAAAUCCACCACAGAGCACACCUGGCAUGAGUCAGUACUAUUUAUAACAAUACUUAUUUUUUUAACCGCAUUAUGUCAUGUUAUCUUGGUAAGGUUUCAUAACUUAACAUAACAAAUGUUAGGAAUAAUAUUUGUUUAUGUUAUGUGUUUCUGAAAAUGAAAAAUGAAAAAUAUCGGCCGAUAUAUCGGAAGAUCAGAUUUUAAAAUCCUCAAAUAUCAAAAUCACUAUCGGUCUUAAAAAUCCCAUAUCGGUCAGGCACUACCCUACAGCGAUGAAGUGCAUUUUAAAAAUGAGGGAAAGGGAUGAACUGUUUAAACAAAAAAUUCCAUUGCAUACUGUAGUGUUUUAGUGAACUGUAAACUAGAUGGAGAAAGGAAUAAUAGGCCUGUAACUGUGUGGCACUUGUAUUCUCGUGUAAAUGUUUUAAGCCUGGUCAAUUCGUGACAGUGUGUUCCCAGCAUGACUGAAGCUGCUCCCUGACAAUAAAUAAAUGUCACACUGAAUUUUAGACAAUGUGUACAUUUACACGGGCUAAGUAAAAGAAUGUCCUUGUAAAUCGAACAGAUAGAGCUUUACAUCAGUGGGAUGAGGACAGUAGUAAAAUGUCUUGUAUUGUAUUGUUUUUGUAAAGGGGGAUAUGUACCUGUUAAUGUCCACUUAAGGCCCGAUCACAUCAGCAUUUAACACUGCUACAUUUCAAGAUUCAAGGUUAACCAAUGGAAAACCAUCUUGACAGUGCUGACAGGCAGAAACUAUUGUAGCCUAUUAGCUGUGUCAUCAUCUACUAUUAUUUAACCCUCCUGUCAGUAUAAACUGCUCCACUGAAGAUGAACGGUGUGCAUCCGAGGAGCCUUGCUCCCCCCCCCCCCCCCCCCCCCCCCGUCAUUAACUCUUUAUUGAAUGAAAUGAUGCACAAUCUUUAGGACAUAAGUUAAGCGGCGUGUAAACCGCACAGUGCAGAGAAAAUAUAAAGGAGGUUGGAGAGUUAAUGUGAUUGGCUAGUGAUAGCAUGUUCCCAGCUGUCUCAUGAGGUAGCGGUUAGCUCUCCAGAUACAGUUGUUCAAGUAGUCCCUGCGUCACCACCCAAUUAGGAAAGAUACAUUUCUCUGUUCGUAUUUCUGGUGUGACCAGUCCUAAUACAGACUGAACUGAAACUGCAUUCAAAAGCUGGAUAUCAGUGAUAUUAUUCUUUAAGAGGAAGAGAUUUAAAGCUGAAUUUCACCCCUUAAUCCUUUGAAGGUGAAAAGUUUAGGUUUGGUUUAUGUUUGAAUUUUUGGAAUUAGUUUUCAGUCUGUAUAGUCUUUUGGAGCUUACCCAUUGCUGGUACCAGCUCAUCUCGCCUUGCCUCUACUCACCUCACUUUUGGUGCCCCAUCCUCCAUUUUCCAUUGCCGAUAUAGUACCCCGUCAAUGUAGCUUGUGAUCAUAGCGAUGCUAUACAAAUCUACCGUAACAUAAUCUUCAACACGAUACACUUGACACACACACACACACACUAGUCUCCUCAGUUCGCUUGGAACCUCGACGGAGGUGAUGCCAAAAAAAAACUACCAGUUACCAGAUUUGCCCAAUGAAAAACCAAAAGAAGGCGAGCACAGUCGAGGCGAGUUGAGCUGGUACCGUCCGGUGAAGAAAGGACUAUUGUAGUGGUGGUCCGAUACUCCAUUUCAUCAGUAUAUAGUACACUACAGUACACACUAAACCUUUACAGCCAGCAAAGGUAAAAAUACAUUAAAGGCUCUGUUUAGUUUGGUGGUGCAGUUAUGAUUUUUAUGCUGAAGUAUUUUAAAAUCCCACAAAUCCAGUUUCUGUCCAGUAAUUCCCUCAGGACUGUAUUCAGUCAGGGUAGAAACGCCUCCAAGGCAGCAUUUAGACCAUCAUGGGAUAAUGAAACACUCACUGAGACCCAUGCCAGUAAAAUUCCUGUAGACUUAAUACUCACAGGCGCCUAAGACAGCCCAUGUAUUCAACAGCAGGAUGGAGUUUUGGAUACACUCAGUGUUUGACUGAAGAGUUAAUUUAUUUGUACAAAACCUCGGCUUGGCUAAAUCUCCCGUCUGUGAAAGAGCUCCAGUCUAGCUGUGGAUAGAUGCAGUUGUGAAAGCAAUAAAACACUCAUUUAUCUUCCACCAUCAUCCACAAUCACUCUCAGCCUCAACUAUGAUGCUGGAACGGGACCAAGAUAUUUUUAUUGAUCAGGAUUCUGAACUAUUUAUGUUGUUAUGGUUUACUUUUUAUAAAUGAUCUGUACCACAAUGGUUUUGUAUUAGCUCUAUAAAUGUCAACUGUACAUUUAAA